CGGAAGUGGUGAGGAGAGUGAUGCACAGAGGGGUUGGACCUUCAGUGUGUGUGAGUUAGUGUGUUUAACAAACUGAGUACUCAGCUCUGGGAAGUCUACAUCCGACAACUCUUCCUCACACCGCCUUUCAUUUAAAAUUAACUCGUAUUUAUCUGUUAAGAGUUUAUUGUUAUUCUCGAAGAAACUUGGCAACCUGUUUGUUUUCUGCAGCAUCAUCCCGGCGGAAGCAGAGAGGACGUUUAUUCUUUUACUUCUGACAGAAUAAGAUGAGAAUAAGGCCACGAACAGCCCCUGCCUUCACUCAGGACUGGUGACAAGUUAUCUCCGGACACUGGUGCGCGCGAGAAACCGGGCUGAGGACCGAAGCUGAACGGGGACUAUUUUAUGCCGAGGAGGAAUACAAAAUAAACUUUUGUGCCACAACCAUGAACCAGCUGGCUCAAGUGGAGCGCUGAAAUCGAGAAWCAAAAAGUGAAUUUCUAAGCAGCCCUGCUCCGGUUUUAAGUGAGAUCUCAGGCAGAUACUGGUGCGUUGUCGUGCGGGGCUGGACGCAGGGAGGGAUGACGGUGAAGCUGGACUUUGAGGAGUGUUUGAAAGACUCUCCGCGCUUCAGAGCGGAGAUCGAGGUGGUCCAGAACGAUGUGAUUGAACUGGAGACUCGAUUGGAAAAGCUUGUGAAACAAUGCCAGGCCAUGCUGGAUGCAGGCAGAGCCUACUGUCAGACCAGCAAGAGCUUCGUCAACGGUCUCCGGGAGCUGGGACAACAGUGCUCCAGGGACCAGAUGAUGAAGGAUUGUUUAGACAAAUUUUCCAAAAAGCUGUCAGUCAUAUUGGACGCACAUGGGGAGGUGAUUGAGACCACACAGAAGGCGGUGAAGUUGAAGCUGCAGACCUUYGUGAAGGAGGAUGUCCGUCGGUUCAAGGACGUACGUAAAGAGUUUGAGCGCAGCAGUGAAACGCUGGAGACGGCGCUGUCCAAGAAYGCUCAGGCUCCACGAGGGAAGCAGCACGAAGUGGAGGAGGGCACCAAUGCCCUGCUCAACGCACGAAAAACCUUCCGCUCAGAGGCUCUAGAUUACGUCCUGGAGAUUAACGUCAUUGAGGCCAAGAAGAAGACAGACAUUCUGAUGGCAGUGUURUCUAUGAUGGAGGCCCAGGCCCAGUUCUUCCAACAAGGCCACCAGUCUAUGUCAGAGCUGGACGAAUAUCGGCAAAAACUAAACGAAGAACACACCCAGUUUGUGUUAAAUGCCGCCCGGGAGAAGAGGGACAUGGAGCAAAGACACGCAGCAAUCAAGAAAAAGGACAUGUCCUACGAUGACUCCAUCAUGGAUUUCAAUGCUGACGCUGCUAACGGGAUCGCAAUGGAGGGUUACCUUUAUAAGAGGGCCAGCAAUGCCUUUAAGACCUGGAGCAGACGUUGGUUUUCAAUUCAGAAGAACCAGCUGGUGUAUCAGAAGAAGUUUAAGGACCAGCCCACCGUCGUGGUGGAGGACUUGCGUCUCUGCACAGUCAAGCCCAGCGUUGAGAACGAGAGGCGGUUCUGCUUUGAAGUGGUGUCUCCGUCUAAGUGCUGUUUGUUGCAGGCGGACACAGAAAGGCUGCAGCAGGCGUGGAUCAGCGCCGUCCAAAACAGCAUCGCCUCGGCCUUUCAGGAGCGCAGAGAGGACCCACACAGUCCAAGGCAGCGCUGCAGUUCGGUGUCGACGAACAGCUCGGGGGGCGGGGGAUGCGGCGGGGGCUUGGAUCAGGAGAACGAGGGCUGCAAGGCGCUGCACGAGAUCCAGACAAUUCCRGGGAACAGACAGUGCUGUGACUGCGGCGAGCCCAGUCCCGAGUGGGCCUCCAUCAACCUGGGGAUCACGCUGUGCAUCGUCUGCUCAGGAAUCCACAGGAGUCUGGGAGUACAUUUCUCCAAAGUCCGUUCCCUGACUCUCGACUCCUGGGAGCCAGAGCUCAUUAAGUUAAUGUGCGAGUUGGGAAACUCUGUGAUCAACAGGAUCUACGAAGCUCGGAUUGAUGAGAUCACCAUCAAGAAGCCCCACCCAACCAGCCCCAGAGGAGACAAGGAGUCGUGGAUCAGAUCAAAGUACGUGGAGAAGAAGUUUAUCCAGAAGCUGCCGGAGACGGGCAGGACCACMCUGCUGAGGCGGACCAGCGCCAGGAGGACCCGAACCACGACGCAGGAUCGGAACGCUCAGCGGCCUCCUCUCAAACCCAAACCGAGCCGGGCCACACUGCCUCGGCUCACAGGGCUCAGUCCCAGUGAAAUUCUCCAGAGGAACAACUCCGGUGUUCACAAAGAUGAAGAAGAGGAAGAGGAGGAUCUCAGCGGGCUUCACCCCGGGGCGCUGCUGUACCGCUCCGCUGCUCUGCAGAACUUCCCCGUCAUGGCCGACGCUCUGGCCCACGGCGCCGACGUCAACUGGGUCAACUUGUCCGAGGAGUCGAGCACGCCUCUGAUUCAGGCCGUAUCCGUGAAUGCCCUGGCAGCCUGCGAGUUCCUGCUGCAGAACGGCGCCAACGUCAACCAGGCGGACAGCAACGGGCGAGGGCCGCUGCACCACGCCACCAUCCUCGGUCACACAGGRUUGGUUUGUCUCUUCCUGAAGCGAGGAGCUGACUACAACGCCCGAGACAAGAACCAAAAAGACUCCAUAACCAUCGCAGUGGACAACGCCAACGCCGACAUCGUCACCCUGUUACGGAUCGCCAAAAUGAACAAGGAGAUGCGGGAGAUGGACGGAGCCUUCGGUCAAUCAGGUGAUGAAAUCUACCAGGACAUUUUCAGAGACUUUUCACACAUGGCCUCAAAUAACCCAGAGAAGCUCAAACGCCGCAGUGCAGACCCAAAAUCCUAACCAGCUGCUGGCUCCUCCUCCUCCUCCUCACUCAUCUGUACAUCUGUGUCUUUUCACACACACACACACACACACACACAAACACAAACACAAACAAAAACAAAAAUGUUCUUCCUGGAAACCUGCCACAUGUUGGCUCAGCGCUCAGCUGGUACUGACUUCAGACGGGACCAAGGCUCCGAACACUGAACUCUUUGUCAGCGGAACAAUCGAGUCCGAGUGGAAAGACUGGAGCAGAUUUAUGAGGAGGUUUUAUGUCCCACAGAGACCCCCGCUCUGCCGGGAGGCUCUAAUUAAAUCUGUUUUCUUUUUAAAUGAAAUGUCUCUCCUUGUUUCAAUACUGACGUUUUACAUGAAAAUUUUAAUGUUUGUUUUAUAUUAAAGAACAUUUUGUAUCAACUCUGCCAUAAACCCUUAAGGUUGUCAAAAUUUUUUUAAAUUACAAACAAUAUUUAUGUAUUUUUCCCAUGUUAUGUGAGGAUUUUAAAGUUUGUAUUUGAGUGAAUAAACCACAGUGCAAACGCACAGUUAAUUUCA